AUGUCACGGCUAUACGUCCUCUGCGUGGCACUACUGUCAGUGGCCCAGACUGGCGUGGCACGACCAUAUCGACCCAACGUGCUCUUCGACCUCGAUCUGGGCGACACCUCGACCAUGUUCACCUACUUCCCCGAUAACUGGCGGCCGAACCCCGAGCCUGGAAACUCGUGGUGGGCGACAACGUUCCAAGACGCUCCAGCCACCUACGUCCCAGGGAUGGUGGGGCCUGGCGCAGCGGCGCACUAUGUCGAGGUGCCCGACAGCGGCCCACGCAUCGUCGUUGAAGCCUCCACUCUCAGCUUUGUUGGCCGAGGCGUAACUGUCCACGGUAGGCAGAAUGCGACGUGGGCACCGGACUCCGCGGGCAUUUCCGGCGCCGACCCCGCGCUCGAUGCUCCGAUCGGGUGGUACAUCAACCACGAGCGCGAGGCCGUUACGCGGUAUGCCGACGACACACUGUUCCGCACCGACAACAUGUCAUUCGCUUACAAUUCGAUCAUGUUCGAACCCAGGCGAGGGUUGUUGGCAUUGACCACUGCCACUGUCAUGACUGGGAUGAUUGCCGAGGCAGCGACUUUGGACCAAGUGCCACUCCGCGUCGAGCCGUUCGUGUCCAACGGCAACAUCAAUCCCCUGUUCGAGAAGACUGGUGAAUGGAAGGUAGAGGACCACAUUGGCGGUGUCGGAGGGCAGGACCGGAUCGCGUACGACCACGCUGUCAGCAGCGGUACCGACGCAGUCCUCAAGGCCAAGCUCCCGCCGAGCACCACCUUCCUCAUCCUCAACGGUACGACAGGUCCAGACUACGACAAGCUCUAUGUCGACAUCCAGCCUCCGCCGCCACUCACGCCAAAGUCGUACACGUACAUCACGACACGGGACAAGUGGGUCUCCAAGUCAAUCCUGUACUUCACCCCGCUGGACCCAACCUUCAACUACACCCUCACUCUCGCGCCCGCCAUCAACAGCUCCGUCUCGCUCCACAGCCUGACGUUGUACUCUGGUGUCGGGAUCGGCAACGACACAACCAAGGCAUUUGGCGGCCUCGGCACCACUGACCACCAGGGUGCCAAGAUUACGCCGCCGAAGAAGCACGUCAACAAGGGUGCGAUCAUCGGCGGCGUCGUCGGUGGCGUGCUUGGCGUGCUCCUCCUGGCCAUUCUUGGGUUCUGGGCCAUCCGCACGCAUCGCAGGAAACACACCUCCCCGCUCCGCUUUGAGAGGGCAGAAGACAUGCAGGCCACGCCCUUCAUCGCCGCCCCUGCCACCCAGAGCCACGGCACGACCACGGCCUUCGCGUCCGCAUCGCAGGAGAAGGCGGCUCUUCGGCACCCAUACGACACCGUUCGUCAGAACAACGGCUACCUCGAUGUGGCUGGCUCGUCGUCUGGACCCAGUUCGAGUGGCGGACCGAGCCGAGAUUUCGACACCGCAUCAUCAAGCUCUGGCUCUCGCAAUGCGCGUCCAAGCUUACCACCUGGCGCGUCGCAACGAUAG